AUGGGUUCUCUGAACGACAUUGGCAUCGCUGCGGGAAUAAACAUAUUAUCCGCACUGGGUUUUCUUCUAGCGUUUGCACUUCUGAGGAUACAACCUAUUAAUGAUCGAGUAUACUUUCCAAGAUGGUACCUCAAAGGGACAAGAAGCAGCCCAAGAGGCACAAGAGCUGGUUUCUCCAAAUUUGUCAAUGCUGAUAUGUCGACAUAUCUCCGGUUUCUGAACUGGAUGCCCGCAGCGCUGCAAAUGCCAGAACCUGAGUUAAUUGAACACGCAGGAUUAGACUCCGCAGUAUAUGUCCGCAUCUAUCUUCUUGGUUUAAAAAUAUUUGUGCCAAUUGCUGUGCUGGCAUUCAUUGUCCUAGUACCUGUUAAUUGGACUAGUGGAACCUUGGAAAAUGAGAAGACUCUAAAUUAUGAUGAAAUUGACAAGCUUUCGAUAUCGAAUCUUGGAAAAGGUUCAAAAAGGUUUUGGGCACACAUAGUGAUGGCCUAUGUGUUUACCUUUUGGACAUUUUACGUGUUGUAUCAUGAAUACAAAGUUGUCACAACUAUGAGAUUGCGCUUUCUUGCUAAUCAGAAUCGUCGACCUGAUCAGUACACAGUACUUGUGAGAAAUGUACCGCCGGACACAGACGAAACAGUUAGUGAGCAUGUUGAGCACUUUUUUGCUGUGAAUCAUCGGGAUCAUUACCUUAGUCAUCAGAUUGUAUACAAUGCAAACGCCCUUGCCGGUUUGGUUGAGAAGAAGAAAGGAUUGCACAACUGGCUGGUCUACUACGAAAAUCAGCAUGCUCGUAGACCUGCAAAGAAACCAACUGUGAAGACAGGACUGUGGGGUCUUUGGGGCCAAAGAGUGGAUGCUAUAGAGUAUUACAAAUCAGCAAUUGAGGAGCUGUGUAAACAGGAAGAUGAGGAGAGACAAAAGGUGAUGAGUGACCCUAACUCUAUCAUGCCUGCAGCAUUUGUGUCUUUCAAAAGUCAGUGGGGGGCUGCUGUUUGUGCUCAAACACAGCAGACUAGUAAUCCGACGGUCUGGCUAACCGAGUGGGCUCCAGAACCUCGUGACAUCUACUGGCCUAAUCUCGCAAUCCCUUUUGUUGAGCUCUCGGUUAGGAGGCUUAUCAUGGCCAUUGCGGUCUUCUUCCUGACAUUUUUCUUCAUGAUACCAAUUGCAUUUGUGCAAUCCUUGGCAAAUGUAGAUGACCUUGAGCGGGUGCUCCCUUUCUUGAAACCCAUAAUAGAAAGAAAUUCUUUGAAGUCAGUUAUUCAAGGUUUCUUGCCAGGGAUCGCAUUAAAAAUAUUCCUUAUACUGCUCCCAAUGAUUCUAAUGACCAUGAGCAAGAUUGAAGGCCACAUAUCAAUCUCUGGAUUGGACAGGACGACAGCGUCGAAAUACUUUUUGUUCAUUUUUGUCAAUGUAUUCUUGGGGAGUGUAAUAACUGGAACAGCAUUCCAACAGCUUGACACUUUUAUCCACCAGCCAGCUAACAAAAUUCCAGAGACUGUUGGAGAAUCAAUUCCCAUGAAAGCAACAUUUUUCAUCACAUAUGUAAUGGUUGAUGGAUGGGCUGGUGUCGCUGCUGAAGUUCUUAGGUUGAAGCCACUGGUCAUGUUCCAUAUAAAGAAUGCUUUAUUGGUCAGGACUGAACAGGAUCGCGAGCAGGCCAUGGACCCUGGGAGCUUGGAUUUUGGCACCACUGAACCACGAAUACAAUUGUACUUCCUCCUAGGACUUGUAUAUGCUGUUGUCACACCAAUCCUUCUUCCUUUCAUUAUUGUGUUCUUCAGCCUUGCCUAUCUCGUUUUCAGACACCAGAUCAUUAAUGUCUAUAGCCAGCAAUACGAGAGCGGUGCGCUAUUCUGGCCAGAUGUGCAAAGGCGACUUGUUGCUGCAUUAAUAGUAUCACAAAUCCUCCUACUAGGACUGCUGAGCACACAGGAAGCAGAGAAAUCCACUGUCGCUCUUCUUCCUCUUCCUGUACUGACCAUAUGGUUCCACUAUGUUUGCAAAGGUCGGUUUGAACCAGCGUUUAUAAAGUUCCCUUUGCAGGAAGCCAUGGUGAAGGACACAUUGGAACGGGCAAAUGACCCGACCUUGAAUUUGAGGGAAUACCUGAAGGAUGCAUAUGUGCACCCAGUCUUCCAGAAAAAUGACAUGUAUGAACUUGUUGCCAUGGAUGAAGAAGAGAAGAACCCACUAGUUGCGACGAGGCGGCAGGCUCGCAUGAACACACCAGUAGAUAGUAAGUUCAAUUCCAGUUCUGGCACUAAUGAAGGAGAAUUCAGUCGGAUGCGCCCUGCCUGAAGAUUUCUUUCAUGAGCAAAUGUAAAGUUUCUAGAUUUUUGGUGAUCUUGUACAUGUUCGUGCAAAAAGGAAAUGCAAGAUGUGGCAGAAUGUACACCAUA